UCAAUAAUUACAACUGGUACCUAGUUUACCGCCUGUAGCAUACGCUUUGAUACUGUUCCCAGAGUUGAGGGAUCACCUUGGGAAAGGGACACUAUGAGUGUUCUAAGUUGCUUAAGACCCUCUAUCGUGAGAGGAACAAAACAAAUAAUUUCCUUAUCGACAAAACAGAAUGCUCUUGCAACAAAGACUUUGCAGUCUGGUAUUGUCAGACAAAUGGGAGGAGGUGGAGGGCCCCCUACGAUGAUAAAAACAGCUUCGAGGAGUGUCUACAAUACUCUCAAAGAUGAAUUUCAUUUCUUUUUCUGGGUAGGAGCUAUACCAUGUAUAUUGAUAGUAGCAGCAUUCAACAUCUUUGGUGGUCAAGGAGAAUUGACAGAUAUACCAGAAGGUUACCAGCCUCAUCAUUGGGAAUAUGAAAAGCAUCCCAUAAGACGAUUCAUUGCUAAACAUUUUACAGCACCUAUGGAAAAAAUAUAUGAACAGAACCUCCACUAUCAAUGGAUGGAUAAUGCGAAAAAUGAGCAGAGAAUUUUAGCACGUAAGAUUAGAACAAUGAUGAGAGAAAACCAGGAUUAUAAGGCUUGGUAUUAUAUACCAGUUGAUGUCAAAGGAAAAGAAGAAGCCGCAGGACAUAGAAGGGCUUUCGAAAAGAGACACAGUUACACGGAAUAGUCAUGUGACCAUAAUAGGGACCUUGUUAGCUUCAGAAUUGUUCAGUAAAAAAGUACAAAUUCUAGAUCUGUUAUUAAUAUGGUUUGGUAUAAAUUGACAGGAAUUUAUACAGAAUUUUAUGAUUAAAAAAAGUUGAAAUAAAGUUAA